UAGGAAUCCUGCUUUUUUUUUUUUUCUUUUUCUUUCUUUGAGACAAGGUCUCGCUCUGUCACCCAUGCUGGAGUGCAGUGGUACAAUCACAGAUCACGGCAGUGUCUAAUUCCUGGGCUCAAGUGAACCUCCUGCAUCAGCCUCCUCAGUAGCUGGGACCACAGGAUAUGAAAGAUGGCAAGUCCAGAUAGAAUUAAACGGAAGAUAUUAAAAGCAAAAAAAACAAUGCCCCUAAGUUGCCGGAAGCAAGUAGAGAUGCUGAAUAAGUCCAGGAAUGUUGAAGCACUGAAAACAGCAGCAAUUGGGAGUAAUGUUCCAAGUGGUAAUCAGCGUUUCAGUCCUAGUGUCAUAACUACCAAAUGUAGCCCUUCUGAAAAUGGUGCAUCCUCAUUGGACUCUAAUAAAAAUUCAAUAUCAGAGAAAAGUAACGUAUUCUCUCAGAAUUGCAUAAAACCAGUAGAAGAAAUCAUUCAUUCAGAAACAAAAUUGGAACAAGUUGUUUGUUCGGACCAAAAGCCAAGUAAAACAACAGAUUCCCCCAGCAAAGUCUUCAUAGAAGAGGCAAAAGAUUCACUGAACACUUCUGAAAAUGAUUCUGAGUGUCAGACAAAUGUAACAAGAUCCCUUUUUGAGCAUGAAGGGGCUUGUAGUCUGAAGUCCAGUUGCUGUCCACCCAGUGUAUUGAGUGGUGGUGUUCAGAUGCCAGAGUCUACAGUAACCAGUACCGUGGAUGAUAAAACUGACCAGAUGGUUUUCCAUUUAGAAACAAACUCCAAUUCAGAAUCACAUGGUAAAAGGCAAGGUGACAGCAUUUUAUGUUCAGAAGACUCAGGUUUUGUGCCUGUUGAGAAAACACCUAAUUUAGUGAAUUCAGUCACUUCUAACCACUGUGCUGAUGAUAUUUUGAAAACCAAUGAGUGUAGUAGAACCUGUCCUUCCAGUAUUUCAAAUUGUGAAAGUGCAGACUCAACAUGGCAGUCAUCACUUGACACUAAUAACAACAGCCAUUAUCAAAAGAAGAGGAUGUUUUCAGAAAACAAAGAAAAUGUUAAACGCAUGAAAACUUCAGAGCACAUUAAUGAAAAUAUUUGUGUAAGUUUGGAAAGGCAAACAGCAUUCCUGGAACAGGUCAGACAUUUGAUUCAACUGGAGAUCUAUAGUAUAAAUUACGAACUAUUUGAUAAGAAACUGAAAGAAUUGAACCAACGCAUUGGGAAGACAGAGUGCAGAAAUAAACAUGAAGGAAUAGCUGAUAAACUCUUGGCAAAAAUAGCAAAACUUCAAAGACGUAUUAAAACAGUAUUAUUAUUUCAAAGGAAUUGUUUGAAACCAAACAUGUUAACCAGUAAUGGAGCCUGUAAGGUUGCAAAUUCAGAGGCUAUGAUUUUGGAUAAGAAUCUGGAGUCAGUUAAUAGUCCAGUUGAAAGGUCUUCUGUGAAUUAUGAGCCUUCUAACCCUUCAGAAAAAGGAAGUAAAAAAAUUAAUUUAUCAGCAGAUCAAAAUAAGUCUGUUUCUGAAAGUAACAAUGAUGAUGUUAUGUUGAUUUCUGUGGAAAGGCCUAAUUUGACAACUCCAAUUACAUCAAAUCCAACAGAUACCAGAAAAACUACAUCAGGAAAUUCUAGCAGUUCUCCUAAUGCUGAAGUUACGGCUGUACAGAAGAAACUUGAUUUUAUAAUUGAUUUGACAAAAGAAGGCCUAUCCAACUGCAAUACAGAAAGUCCAGUAUCCCCCCUGGAGUCACAUUCGAAAGCUGUUACAAACUCAAAAGAAACAACCCCAUUGGCACAAAAUGCAGCCCAGGUUCCUGAGUCCUUUGAGCACCUGCCACCUCUCCCAGAACCACCAGCACCACUACCUGAAUUAGUAGACAAAACCCGAGACACACUUCCUCCCCAGAAGCCUGAGCUCAAAGUGAAACGGGUUUUCAGACCAAAUGGCAUUGCCCUGACUUGGAAUAUAACCAAAAUCAAUCCCAAGUGCGCUCCUGUAGAAAGCUACCACCUCUUCCUGUGUCAUGAGAACUCUAAUAAUAAAUUGAUUUGGAAGAAGAUUGGAGAAAUUAAAGCUUUACCACUCCCCAUGGCCUGUACUUUAUCUCAGUUUUUAGCUUCCAACAGAUACUAUUUUACUGUCCAGUCAAAAGAUAUUUUUGGACGAUAUGGACCAUUCUGUGACAUAAAAUCUGUCCCUGGGUUUUCUGAAAAUCUUACCUAAAAGAGAGGUCUUUAAUAAUUACAUAUUAUACUACUUUUUUUUUCAUAUUUGUUUGUUUGUUUACAAUGUUACUGUAAUACUAUUUGCCGUUGUAAAAGGCCAGCUCAGAUUGUGAGCCCUUUCUAUUGGGACAGUCCUCUUCUAUAUGUUUUAAGUGGCCAGUAAUUUGAUGAAUUUCUGGUUUGUAUUAAAUAUGUCCUUCCAAUGGAUAAGUUCUAAAACAUAUGCUAUCUUGGUCGUGUGUUGCUGAGGUGUGUUGUGAACAAUACCUUUGGUGACUGUGAAACUGCUGCUUCUAUCAGAAGACCUAGGAUACAAGCAGCCACUGUUUCCUCCAUUAACAAUCAGCUUUUAGUGACCUGCUAUGGUCAGCAUAGCUACAGGAAAAGUCAGCCCUUGACUGAGGGCCAGAUCAUCCCUGGAGUGCACCUCUACCAAGAUUUUAUGAAAAGAUGACAUGUUGGACUGCAUAAUACAAAUUAAUAUAAAAAUUAAUUUUUUUUUUUUUGAGAUGGAAUCUUGUUCCAUUGCCCAGGGUGGAGUACAGUGGCACAAUAUCAGCUCACUGCAACCUCCAUCUCCCAGGUUCAAGCAAUUCUCCGGUAUCAGCCUCCUGAGUAGCUGGGACUACAGUAGCUUGCCACCACGCCCAGCUAAUUUAUUUUUAGUGGAGAUGAGGUUUCACCUUGUUGGUCAGGCUGGUCUCAAACUCCUGACCUCAGGGGAUCCACCCACCUCAGCCUCCCGAAGUGCUGGGAUUACAGGCAUGAGCCACCACACCUGGCCAAAAACUAAAAGAUUUUAUGAAAAGAAAUGGCUUCCCAUUCUAUUCAGCUUCUAAGUGAGCUAUUCAUUUGUGCCCCUCCUCUUUUUUGUUUUGUUUUGCACUAUGUCAAUCAUUUGGGGAAAAAGCCUGGAGGUCUUUCCUGAAUCUGUUCGUAGACUAAUAAAAUGUGUGCUGUGUACACAAAAACAUAAUAGUAUCUCUCAUGAAAGCAUUACCCAACCUGCUGUUUGAGUUGAGAAUGGAUUUGUCCAUCUUAGAUGUGAGGCUUUAGUUUGCUGAUUUCCUAAAUGCUACCCUUUGAUCAUUUCCUGGCUGCCAUCCCAAUACUAAGGGGCUCAGAUGUGUCUUGUGCCCACCUCUUCCUGAGAAGAAGUGGAGCUGUGACUAGUACAAGCAGCCCAAGAAACUCUGAACAGGACCCAAUGGAGGCAAACUUGAGAAAAUAACUGGGAUGAUAAAAAAUCCCAACUGUUUGAAAGUUCGAAAGAGGGGCAUUCUUUCCUGGUACAUGGUGAAAGUUCAGGCUCCAGAGGCUCAAAACAGGGAACGGUUUUCCUUGGCAUUUUGUAAAUGCUCUCACAUCUGCAGUAAUAAAGCUGUUAUUUUCUGCA